AUGACCAAGCAUAUGACCUUGCAUAUGACAUAUAAAGCGUUGAAUGGAGCCUUCUGUAGCGGUUUUGCGUUGGUUUUGCUAGUGAAAUUACCAGCGCAAUUUCGAGUGCGAUAUUUGGAAGCUUAUGUUUGAGGUCUUCUCGUGCUGUUUCAGUUCUUUGGAUUCGCUUUGAACCGGAAGCUUUCGUUUGGGAAGCCGUUUCAGUUUUGAGCUUCGGCUUCCUUCGCGUCAAGUUCAGCCGGCAUUUGACUGGCCGGUGAGCGCCACCAGGCAGCAGCCAUGGAGGCGAUGCCACGUCUGCCUAUGAUCAGCUUCCAGCUGAAGCAGAUUCAUAAGUCGACUACGUUCUCGGAUUUCCUCAGGCGCUGCAUUGCCACUCAGUAUGGCGACAACCCCAACUCGUUCGCCCAAGAGAUGUACGAGCUGGACAACCUGCGACACGCCGCCACUCGGCCGGCCACCGACCUACACGGACUGGCCACCCUGAAGCGCUACUUCUGCCAGCUGCAGGCGCUCGCCUGCCGCUUCCCGGAGAUGACCGAGCUACACGUGGACGACCUCGAGUUCAUCUGGCAGGACCUGUACUCUGUGUCGUCGGCGGCGUUCCACGACCCGUCCUACGAGAUGGCCUCCAUCAUGUACAACAUCGGCGCGCUACACACGGCGCUAGGCGCCGCCGACCCGCGCCACUCGCCCGACGGCAUGAAGAUGAGCUGCACGCACUUCCAGUGCGCCGCCUGGGCCUUCCAGUACGUCCAGGAGAAGCUCAGCCAGCCCAUCAGCACCGACCUCAACCGAGGCAUGAUGCAGUUUCACAUCGAGAUCGCGCUCGCACAGGCCCAGGAGUGCAUCCUCGAGAAGAGCAUGGUGGACAACCGCAAGGGCAUCAUCACCGCCAAGGUGGCGGCACAGGUGGCCGACUACCACAGGGCAGCCCGGCGCUGCCUCGAGAACGCCCUCAAAACCGGAGAAUACCUCUCCGAAAACAUCGGAGACCGGAAGAUGAAGCAAUGGGUGGAGCACGUGGAGCUGAAGGCGCCGCUGUACGACGCCGUCUCGCUGCUGUACCGCGGCAUGCAGUCUGAGGAGCAGCAGCGGAUGGGUGAGCGCAUCACCUUCUACCAGGCGGCCACGGAGCGACUUCAGGAGGCCGCCGGCGUCGCCAAACGCAUGAGCGGCCACGAGGGAAAGCUGGUGGCAGAGUGCCUGGCGUUCAACAUGGACGUGAUUGGAGGCAAACUGAACAACGCUAAAAAGGAGAACGAGUUCAUCUACCACGAGAAGGUGCCUCCGAUCGAGUCGCUGCCAGAGAUCAAGGGCGCCUCGCUGGUGAAGGGCAUUCCGUUUGACAUCACCGACAAGGACGUGGCCGGGCCGGACAUAUUCCAGAAGCUGAUUCCCAUGGAGGCGCACGAGCACGCCUCUCUGUACAGCGCCAAGAAGGACGAGCUGCUGCGGAAGGUGUUGACCCAGGUGGAGGAGAAGGACCAGGAGCUGCUGGUGCUGCUCUCCUCGCUGCAGCUCGACCAGCUCGAGGUGGUGAAACCUUUUGUGGCGGGAACCACAUCAAACAUCCAGCUUCCGCAGGAGCUGGUCGACUGCGUGGCCUCGCUGCACGCGCGUCCCGGCGCUGUCGGCCAGCUGUCCGAGGCCAUGUCGCGGCUGGCCAGCCUCUCCGUGGACCUGCAGGACAGCCUCGACGAGCUGGAGACCCUCCUUAAGGAGGAGGAGGAGCGGGCCAAGGAGCACGCGGCGGCGCUGGGCGGCCGCUGUCCGCCGUCCAUGAUCACGGCCGAACUGCGCCGCGAGUUCGCCAAGUACCGGGACGCGCACCGGCACGCGGCCGAGUCGGACACAGCGCUGCAGCGCGCCAUCUCGGCGCACCUGCCGCACCUGACGCUGCUCAGCGGACCGCUGGAGGCGCUGGAGGCGCAGCUGCCCUCCGUGCUGCCCGUGGUGCAGCGGCCCGAGGCGGCCGCCGCCAUCGGCGAGCUCCAGCGGAUCGUGGACAAGGUGGAGCAGAUGCGCCGGCAGCGCUCCAUGCUGACCAGUCACCUGCGGGACGCCGUCCACGGUGACGACAUCACGCGCCGCGUGGUGACGCGCGCCGGUGACGACGUGGGCGCCUUCAUCGAGCGCGAGCUGGACAAACACCGUAAACAGGCGGCGGUGAUCGAACAGAACCUGACCGCCCAGGAGAACAUCCUGCGCGCGCUGACCGAGGCCAACGCGGCGUACGCGCCCACCCGGCAGCUGGUGGCCGACCUGGUGGCGCAGCGCGAGGCGCGCGUGGCCGACCUGCUGACGUCGCACCGCGCGCUGGACGAGCUGCUCCAGAAGGGCGACCAGGGCGUCCAGUUCUACACCAAACUGCAGGAGAGCGUCAGCAAGCUGCUGACCCGCGCGCGCAGCGUCUGUAAGGUGCAGCAGGAGGAGCGCUCGUCGGCGCUGCCGGCCUCGUCCGCCGGCGCCGGGUCGGGUCCGACGCCGGCCAGCGCCCCCAGCGCGCCGGCCGGCGGUCCGCGGCUGCGCGACUACCUGGCGGCCGGCUACCGGGCCGGCGAGACGCCGCCGCGGCAGCGCCCCUCGCCGCUGGGCUCGGAGCAGAGCGAGCCGGGCUGCCGCGGCGCCGCCGCCGGCUCCGUGGCGCCCUCCGCGCCCGGCUAUGCGGCCCAGAUGGCCCAGUACAUGAGCGCCCCCUCGCCGGCUCCGGCGCCGGCGGCGGCGGCUGCCCGCGGUCCCGAGUCUGGUGGGUACGCCGCGCAGAUGGCCCAGUACAUGACAGCCGGCCACCGGGCGGCGGACGGCGCCGACCGGCAGCGGGCCGGGUACGGCCAGCCGGCGGCGACUCAGAGCGGCGGGUACCCGCCGGUCCACGGGCCCGCCCCGCCCAGCGCCGGCUACCCCGGGGCUCAGAGUCAGGCUGCGGCCGGCUACCCGCCGUCUCAGGGCCAGGGGACGGGCGGCUACCCUCACCAGAGCCAAGGAGGUCCGCCUGGAGGCUAUCAUCCUCAGAGCCAGGCGGCGGCGGCUGGAGGCUAUCAUCCUCAGAGCCAGGCGGCGGCGGCUGGAGGCUAUCCUCAGAGCCAGACGGGCCCCCCUGGAGGCUAUCCUCUGAGCCAGACGGGCCCGGCGGGAGGCUAUCAUCCUCAGAGCCAGACUGGCCCGGCGGGAGGCUAUCCUCAGAGUCAGGCAGGUCCCUCUGGAGGCUACCAACAUGAGGCCCAGGCGGGACCGGGCGUACCAAACGGCAUUGCGGGCCCGUCACCGUCUCCCAGCCCCGUCUUUUCGCGGCCGCCCGGCCCGCAGAACCCUCCUGGGCAGCCGACUCCGGCCUCGUCCGGCGCCACCGCCGCGCCAGUGCCGUCCACGGGAGCAGGCUACAUCAACGACCCGUACCUGUCCUACUACGGCGGCGGCGGCUACACCUCCUGGACGCCCUACCAGACGUUCUCGCGGCCCGUGGGUGACAGCCGGCUGCAGGUGGACAACGCCUGCGCGCGUCGCCCGAUCGCCUCUUACGCGCAGACGGGCGCCACCCACUCGCACAGCGUGCUCUCGUCGGCGGCGGCGGGCACCGGCUCGGGCCAGGCGGCCACCUCCGGGCCGGCGGCGCCCUUCUACACGCCGCCGCGUCUGACAGCCUCGGGCGGGGCGCAGACGGCCAUCCGACCGUCGGGCAUCGCGCCGUACGCGCUGGCCACCGGGUACGCGCCAGCCGGCACCCCGCCGCGGCCCGCCGCCCCACCGCAGGCCGGCCAGUACGCAGCCUACGGACCGGGCGCGUCCGGCGCCGGCCACCAGCAGCCGGCAGCCUACCCCGGCGCCCAGCAGGCUCAGACUCCGCUGUCGGCGGCCACGUCCAGCGCGCCGGCCCCGUACAGCGGCGCGCCGGCCCCGUACGGAGGCGCGCCGGCCGGCCAGGCCCCGUACAGCGGCGCGCCGGCCCCGUACGAAGGCGCGCCGGCCUCUCAGAGCCCGUACGGCGCCACCCAGCCGGCCGGCGGGGCACAGCGGCAGCCGAUGGGGCCGGGUCAGUCGCCGUCCCCCGGAGGGUACGGUGGCCAGCAGCCGCCGCAGGCAGCCGGGCACCAGCAGCACCCCGGGUACGGGUACUCGCAGCAGCAGUACCAGCACCCUCAGCCGCAGUACCCAGCUGCCGGGCAGUGGCCAUACCCGGCCACUGGACAACAGCAGCAGCAGCAGCAGCAGCAGCAGCAGCCUGGUGUCCAGCAGCAGCCUGGAGCCAAUGCUGGGCAGCAACCGCAGCAGCAGCAGCAGCAGCAUCCAGGAGUUAGCGCUGGGCAGCAGCAGCAGCAGCAGCAGCAGUACCCUGGAGCUAGCGUUGGGCAGCAGCAGUAUCCUGGAGUCAGUGCUGGGCAGCAGCAGUAUCCGGGAGUCAGUGCUGGGCAGCAGCAGUAUCCGGGAGUCAGUGCUGGGCAGCAGCAGUAUCCGGGAGUCAGUGCUGGGCAGCAGCAGCAUCCAGGAGUUAGCACUGGGCAGCAGCAGCAGCAGCAGUACCCUGGAGCUAGCGUUGGGCAGCAGCAGUAUCCUGGAGUCAGUGCUGGGCAGCAGCAGCAGUAUCCUGGAGUCAGUGCUGGGCAGCAGCAGCCGCAGCAGUAUCCUGGAGCUAGCGCUGGGCAGCAGCAGCCGCAGCAGCAGUAUCCUGGAGCUAGCGCUGGGCAGCAGCAGCCGCAGCAGCAGUAUCCUGGAGCUGUUCAGCAGCAGCAUUUCCCGGGAUCCGGCCAGCAGCAGCAACACUAUCCGGCCGCCAAGCAGAGUCCACCACACCAGUACUACCCGGUGGCCGGUCAGCAGCAGCCGUCACCGCGGCCCCAGCAGCAGCCGCACCAGCCGCAGCAGCAGCCGCUGCAGCCCCAGCAGCCCCAGCAGCCGCCGCAGCGGCACCCGGCUGCGGCGCAGAGCCUGACCCAACAGCCGCAGCAGCCGCAGCUCCUGCCGGCUCAGAGCAGCGUGUCGGCGCCCGCUCUCAACACGGCCCAGUACAUCCAGCCGACUGCCGCGGUGCAGCCCGGGCAGCAGCAGCAGCAGCAGCAACAACAGCAGCCGCCCCAGCAGCAGCAGCAGCAGCAGCAACAACAACAGCAGCCGCCCCAGCAGCAGCAGCAGCAGCAGCAGCAGCAGCAGGCCAAGGCGGACCUGGUGUCCCAGAACGCGCAGCUGCUGGCCGGACUCGACCUGUCGGCCCCUGCACUCGCACCCACUCCCACACCGGCCCUGCCGGCGGCGCUGCAGACGCUCCGGCCGGCCUCGACCGGCGUGCAGGCUCCGGUGGCCGGUCAGCCGGUCUCGGCGCCCGCUCCGGCGGCCGCCGGGCCCGGCUCGGGCGUGGACCUGCUGUCGGCGGGCGGACCUUCCGUGGGCGCGCCGCCGCCGCCCGGGCCGGCCGCCCUGCAGCCGCGCGUGGUCACCUCCGAGGCCGAGAGAGAGCGCCGCCAGCAGGCCGACCGGGAGCGGCGCAAACUGUCGGCCGGCGGCGACCCGUACACGGACGCCGACAGACUGCAGGCCUUCGUGCAGGAGGUGGAGCGGAUGGAUAAGCUGGUGGCCAGCCUCACCAAGAAGUCGCUGAACGGUCCGACGCCGCUGGACAGCAAGUGGAAGGAGCUGAUGGACCAGCAGGAGGCGGACGGCCGCUCGCUGAAGAUCUCCGUGGCGCGCUGCUACCCGAUGAAGAACCGGUUCCAGGACGUGUUGCCGUUCGACAGCAGCCUGGUGGCGGUGCCGCUGGUGCGCGACGACUACAUCAACGCCAGCCGUCUGCCGGAGCUGAGCGCCGGCAGUCCGCCGCUGCUGGUCACCCAGGCGCCGCUGGCCGUGACGCAGACCGACUUCUGGUGCAUGGUGUGGCACCACCAGGUGGAGCUGGUGGUCUGCCUGCUGCCUGACAGCGAGCUCGACGGACAGGUUUACUGGCCCACGGAGCGCGGAGUGGCCGUGCAGCGCGGCCCGCUGCAGCUGACCCUGCAGUCGCAGUCGCCGGCCAACGGGCGGGUGGAGCGCAUCAUCUCGGUGCUGCACGCCGAGACCAAGAUGUCGCGCGUGGUGAUCCACCUGCAGUUUGGCGGGUGGCCGCGCGCCGCGCUGCCCGCCAGCCCGGCGCCGCUCGUCCAGUUCGUGGCUGAGGUGCUGCACUACCACCAGCAGCAGCGCUCGCUGCUGCGUCCGCUGGUGGUGCACUGCUCGGGCGGCGUGGGCCGCUCGGGCGUGUUCUGCCUGCUGGCAGCCGCCAUGGCGGAGAUCAACGCCGGCCGCGGCCUGCUGGAGCCGCUGGCGGUGGCGCGCCUGCUGAACACGGCGCGCCGAAACUGCCUGCAGGACAAACAGCACCUGCUGUUCGCCUACCAGGCCGUCCUCUACGCCGCUCAGGACGUGCUCAUGAAACGCGGUAUCCUGACGAGCCGCGCGUCGUUCGAGCAGCCGCCCGGCCCGGCCCACUCGGGUCACAGCCGGCACCCGUCCGAGGAUUUUCUGGCGUCGGCGCGCUCCGUGGGCGAGCUGCAGGCGCGACUGGGCGCGCUGAGCGCCGGCGGCACCCCGGCGCCGGCGCCGGCGCCGGCUGCCCACGGCGGUGCGGCGGCUCCGGGCGGCUCGACGGCCUCCCUGCCGGCCGCCGCCGCCGCCGCGCCGGGCGCCGGCAGCCGGCCGAGCUCUGCGCCGGCGCUGAGCGGACCGCUGGCCGCCUGUCUGGACCCGGCCACCUUCCAGCUGGACCCGCCCACCGAACCGGCCGCCCCCGCCCCCGCCCCCGCCCCCGCCGACGCCGCCGACCCGCUGAGCCAGCUAGACCCGCUCUGGUCCCUGAAGAAGCACUGAUGAGGGGCGACGGCAGCGAAGGAGCUCACGGCAAACUGUGGGCUGGAGACGGGUAGUGUGUGGCGGCAGAACUGUUCUGCACGGGCCGCGCCGCCCAGUGAAGGGCAGGGCGGCACGCCCGCUACCCGAGUGAGCGGUGGCUGGACGCCCGACCCUCGUGAACCGGACAUUGUUACCUAUCUAUUGGAGCUGGAUCGCGAUCGGCCUGAUCUCCCUUGGUGCCGAGCUCGAUCUUCUGGUGAUUGUCUGGCCGGCGCCGGCCCCAGGCGAUACUGAGCCGGUCUGCGGACCUGCCUUUGGUGCGCGGACCGCUGGCGCGGCGGGCGGCCCGGCCGGUGUGCCGGCCCGGUCGGUCGGUACGGCGGCGCGGAGACGGACCCCGCGCUGCCGGCAGCAGAAGCUCGAUAUUCAGUUCAGACAGUGUACUCGACACGCUCAGUAUAGGGCUGCACCGAUCGUAACCUGUCUGUCUAUCAUGUCUCGCACUGUACCGCGGAGCGCCCCUGCACGACUGCUGCGUGUCAGCGGAGAGCCAGCGGGCCGCUGCGGCGCCCAGCUGAGAGCGGGCGGCCGCUGUGGUCCGUGCUCGCCUGUCACGCUGAUUCGCCGUCCGCCAGCCGUGCUGUUUAUAUAUGUAAUUGUGUCUCACUCGGUCUCUGCGAGGAGCGCUCAGAGCCCGCGUAUCCGUAUGUGUUCGAGGACGGCUCUGUCGGGGAGGGACGGCGGCGGCAGCUGGUGUACUAGACCGGCCGCUGGUCCGGCGGCUGGUGUACUGGACUGGCGGCUGGUGUACUGGACUGGCCGCUGGUCCGCGGCGCUCGGUUGUUCGCCGGCGGCCGCGGACCGGACGCGUUCGCGGUGUCAGUCACCGGCUGUGGUCAGACCGCGGCUCUGCCGUGCGGCCGACGCCAGCCGCUGUCACCGGCGGCUGUGGCGCGCAUGUAUCUCAGACAGGGAUAUUCCAGCGGUUAUUCAAUGAUUAGGCGUGGCGAAAAUUCGCAAAGCGUUUUGAACAUAUAUCCUGCCAAUUCAGCUUUUAAAUUGUAUGCUAUUAUGAAAUACAAUGUAUUUAUGGAUAUG